AUGGAUAAGGUCCCUGUUCGAGUUGAUGGAAGGUUUAGGUUAGGAGACAUUUUGGAAUCUGGUUCAUACACUGUCGUGUAUCGUGCACAGAACAUCAUCAAGGAUGUUGCAGUUGCCGUUAAACUGGAACCCAUCGCCCACUCAUCUUCUGUGCAGCGUGAAUACAAUAUUCUGAAACACCUUGAAGGCAGUGUUGGUAUUCCCUGUGUCAUCUGGUUCGGUAGGGAAUCAAUGUAUCAUGCUCUUGUUCUCGACCUCCUUGGGCCAUCACUUCACAAUCUCUUCCUUGCCCAUAACCAAAAAUUCAGCCUUAACAUGGUUGUAAAUAUAGGAGACCAGUUGCUUUCACAUCUCGAAUAUAUCCACUCCCAUAAUUAUGUUCAUGGUGAUAUUAAACCACAGAAUGUUGUUGUUGGGCUUGGCAAUUUGAAAGACACUGCCUUCAUUAUAGAUUCACUUUGGUCACCCCAUUUCGAGUACCUCUUAGGUUGUAUUAUGUCUAUAGAAGUAGAGGCCUAA